AACCGCGUCAAGCUCAAAGUAUAACGUCUAUUUUGGGCCCGGGUCUCCUGAGAACAUGCAAAUCGUCGCAUCGGAUCAGGCUCAAGCGACAGUAACCUUUACUAGUGCGCAGUAACUCUUUCCUUCAAGGGAUAGGAUUAAUACUCUGUAGAUGUGUCUUCGCUCGAGACCUACUAUUGGCGAGUCGAUAUCAUCUCAGACGGUCACACCACCCCAGGACGAACGUGGAUGUUCCGACCACGUCAAUUGGCUUUUGCCGGUGCUGAGGGCUGGGGCCGAUUCGCCCGCGGUGGCAGAGGAGGAAGGGUGGUAAAGGUCACGAGUCUGGACGAUUAUGCUACGACAGCCACACCAAAGGCCGGCACCCUACGCUAUGCUCUCACAGUAGAAACCGGACCAAGGACGAUCAUAUUCGACAUCGGAGGUGUAAUCACACUUACUUCUCGCCUCACCAUCAGCGGCAAUUACAUUACUCUGGCCGGCCAGACCGCACCAGGCAAAGGCAUCGCCAUCCAAGGCUGGCCCCUCGGCCUAUCAGGAGCAUCCGACAUCAUAAUGCAGCACAUCCGCGUCCGACCCGGAAACAUCUCCGGCGAAACAAUCGACGGCAUCGGCAUGCAAGGAUCCAACAACGCCAUCUUCGACCACUGCUCCGUAGGCUGGUCCAUCGACGAAUCCUUCUCCUCGCGCUCGGCAUACAACAUCACCCUCCAAAACAGCAUCAUCUCCGAGCCCCUCAACGUCGCCGGCCACAAAAACUACCCCGUCGGAACAGCACACGGCUACGCCGCCUCCAUCGGCGGCGACGUCGGCUCCUUCCACCACAAUCUCAUCGCCCACGCCUGGGGCCGCAGCUGGAGCAUGGCCGGCGGCGUCGAUCCCGCCGGCGCCUUUGCCGGCCGUCUCGACAUCCGCAACAACGUCGUGUACAACUUCGGCGACCGCGUCACCGACGGCGGCGCCCACCAGGUCAACUUUGUCGGAAACUACUACAAGCCCGGCCCCGCCAGCUCCCGCCGCUUCGACCUCCGCGCCACCUACGAGGACAACAUGCCCGGCUCCCAAACCUACCACUGCGCCGGCAACUCCAUGCCGCCCUUCUUCGCCCAGGACGCCGUCCAAGUCGUAAAUGUCCCCGGCAAUGCAUCCCCGGCGUCCGUCACAGGCGCCUGCUGGGCAAGCAUCUCCUUCUCGCCCGCGCCAACAUACCAGAAAUUCUUCCCCAAGCCGUAA